UGUAAGGCCCGGUCGGGGACGUGAGGGAGCGCGGCUUGGUCCGCGCACGCCUUGGGAAGCCGGAGGCUAGAACUCGCCGCCCCGCUUCGAAUCGAAGCCCGGGCAGCCGGCGGAGCCGUGGCUGGAUCCGGCUUGCACGAGCGGCCCGUGAGCCCCCGGCCGCCCGCGGGCGGAGGCACCUGCGUGUGGGGUAGGCGGUGCUUGCCGGAUUUGGCCGCGCCAGGUGCGCACUGCGCGAGCUGCGCGAAGUGCAGUCUUCCAACCUCCGCCCCCGCCCCCGCCUCUCACCUUUGGCCGCGCUCAGGAGCCUGGAGGAGUUUCCAAACUGUAGACAGCCUUUGGCCCGGGUUUGUGCACCACCUUCUACGAGUUCUCUGUCAAGAUCCCCCAAAGCAGGACUCGGAAGGAACCUCUUGGAAAAUUAAAUGCUCAAGCUUCGUUUGGGUCUCAGAAUUUAAAUCCAACGUUGUAUUUUUCCCUCGUCGGUUGUGUCAAAUACCUUUUUCCUCAAAACUUGGUCAGGAUUUGUGACACAGCGUCUCCCUGGUACAGAGUCUGUCUGGCGCACAGUAGGCGCUCAGUAAAUAUUUUUUGAAAGCAUGAGUCACGAUACUAAGUUUGGAAAAUUUUACAGAGUUGUGUGUGCGUCGCUAUAAUUUUUAAGAUUUUAUGGGUUCUCAAGAUCCCUCUGAAAAUUACAGUAAUUUUAAGGCUCAGAGUUAAAUCUGGUGUUUUUUUUUUUUUUUGCAUCCCCUGUAACAAUGGCCUCUGUUGGAUGCCUAAAUUAACUCAAAAUCCAAGUUCUGUAAAUAAAUGUGACCUAUGAUUCUAACAAAUUGUUAACCUUUGAUAUGAAAGCCUUCAAGUGAUUUUAUAAUGGAGCAGGUUUAAAUUACUUAUAAAACGUUCCCCUGAUUAGCUUGUUAGAUACAAAUGCAAGGGACCACAUUGAUGUACUUGUAAUACAUUUGGAAAUACAGGUCUCAAGUAUUUCUUUAAGAAGGAUUUAUAUUCAUAUCUAGUGAAAGAGCAUGCAGGGGAAAAUUAUGACAGCAAAUCUAUUCCCCACUCCCCUUUACUAGGUGCAGCUGCUGCCUUGACCUCAAAAUGUCUUGUAAAAUUAUCUCUUAAUCGUCUGCAUAUCUAAAGCAGAAGCCAGUGAGAUUAAACCACCCCAAAGGGCAACUCCUUUAGUACUAACUGUUCUCUUAGAUUGUGUCAGUUUCUUCUGUGUUUUUCUGAAAUAUAGAUAAUGUAAUGGAUUUAAAAUUUUUUUUAUUAUUUAGAACUUACUGACAUGAAGUGGAAAAAGCAAGAAACAAAAUCCUGAUAACCAGAAAAUUCAGUUAAUCACGACAUCCUUAAUCUUCCUGCUAGUGGGAAUGUAAACUGCAAGUGGUCAGGACCUUGUCUGCCCUUGUCCCCAGAUAUCUCUUCACCUUGAAGAUAAAGCAAAAAUCUUUUUCUGAAAUAGAUGGAUUUUUGUCACUUCCUGUGAACUAAAACGAUUCAAUGUCUCUUUUGGAUUGUUUCUGCACUUCACGAACACAAGUUGAAUCACUCAGACCUGAAAAACAGUCUGAGACCAGUAUCCAUCAACACUUGGUUGAUGAGCUACCCUUUUCCCAGUUGCCUUCAUCCACUAGAGCCAAGGAUGUGAUCUGUUCCACCAAUGUUUCUCACUAUGAACUCCAAGUGGAAAUUGGAAGAGGAUUUGACAACUUGACUUCUGUUCAUCUUGCCCGGCAUACUCCUACAGGAACACUGGUGACUAUAAAAAUUACAAAUCUGGAAAACUGCACUGAUGAACGCCUGAAAGCUUUACAGAAAGCAGUGAUUUUGUCCCACUUUUUCCGGCACCCCAAUAUUACAACCUAUUGGACUGUUUUCACUGUUGGCAGCUGGCUUUGGGUUAUUUCUCCAUUUAUGGCCUAUGGUUCAGCAAGUCAGCUCUUGAAGACUUACUUUCCUGAAGGAAUGAGUGAAACUUUAAUAAGAAACAUUCUCUUUGGAGCAGUGAGAGGGUUGAGCUAUCUGCACCAAAAUGGCUGCAUUCACAGGAGUAUUAAAGCCAGCCAUAUCCUCAUUUCUGGUGAUGGCCUAGUGACCCUCUCUGGCCUGUCCCACCUGCAUAGUUUGGUUAAGCAUGGACAGAGGCAUAGGGCUGUGUAUGAUUUCCCACAGUUCAGCACAUCAGUGCAGCCGUGGCUGAGCCCAGAACUACUGAGACAGGAUUUACAUGGAUAUAAUGUAAAGUCAGAUAUUUACAGUGUUGGGAUUACAGCAUGUGAAUUGGCCAGUGGGAAGGUACCUUUCCAGGACAUGCAUAGGACUCAGAUGUUGUUACAGAAGCUGAAAGGUCCUCCUUACAGCCCAUUGGAUGUCAGUAUCUUCCCUCAAUCAGAAUCCAGAAUGAAGAAUUCCCGAUCAGGUGUAGACUCUGGGAUUGGAGAAAGUGUACUUGUCUCCAGUGGAACUCAAACAGUAAAUAGUGACAGAUUGCAAACUCCAUCCUCAAAAACUUUCUCUCCUGCCUUCUUUAGCUUGGUACAGCUCUGUUUGCAACAAGAUCCUGAGAAAAGACCAUCUGCAAGCAGUUUAUUGUCCCAUGUGUUCUUCAAACAGAUGAAAGAAGAAAGCCAGGACUCAAUACUUACACUGUUGCCUCCUAAGCCAUCAAUAGCACUGUCUCCAGUGUCACGUUGGACUGAGCCGGAAUGUGAUUUUCCUGAUGAAAAAGACUCAAACUGGGAAUUCUAGGGCUGCCAAAUCCUGUAUGUCCUAGAUACUUGACACUUUCUCUCUGCUACUUUUCUUCUGUAUUGCUAGGUACAAAUACUAGAAUUAUACUUGAAAAUACCAUUGUUGCACUGGAGAAUCUAUUGUUUAAAACCACUCUGUUCAAAGAAGCAUGAGUUUAUAUCCUCUUUGGUUAACUCACAGUUCUAUUACAACUCCAGAAAAACUUCAGAAUUAUGACUCUAGUUACAUUUAGUGUCCUCUGUUCUCAUUUUUUUCCCCAAGCUGUGACUAAUUCCUCUUCUUGAUCUUUGAAUUUAAGUUUUGAGCCAUUUAAUUUUUUCAGCAUUUUGUUGCCCUCAGGGGAAUGAGCCCUCAGAGGACAGUGCUUCCAAGUACACUUUUUACUUCCAGAUUCUCUAGCCUUUUUGAUCAGCUAUUGUUAGACCAACAGGCUAGUUUAUCCUGGCAUCAAAACCCUUUUUUGGUAGAAGGGAAAAUGUUUAUACUUCCCAUAUUAUUCUGUUAAAUAUCAAACUGAGCCUCACAUUAAAUGAUAAAGAAGUUGUAAUUUGUGCUUUUUUUUUCAUUUUUAAGAGGCUAAAGUGACACUUUUCUACUUAUGUAAGUUAUAGAUCCUAAAUUCAUGCACCCUGUGGGAGCUCAAUAAAGAUUUAUUAAAUUGA